AUGGCAGCUACAAAGUCUUCUCGUCCUAAAGUCUUCUUUGAUAUUACUAUUGGUGGUCAACCGGCCGGUCGAAUUGAAAUGGUUUUAGAUUCAGAUAUUGUCCCUAAAACAGCUGAGAACUUCAGGGCCCUUUGUACUGGUGAGAAAGGGUUUGGAUAUGAAGGGAGUAUCUUCCAUCGGGUUAUCAAAGACUUUAUGAUUCAAGGUGGUGAUUUUACUAAUCGUAAUGGUACUGGAGGUAAAAGUAUCUAUGGGAUGAAAUUUGCUGAUGAGAAUUUCAAACAAAAACAUGAUAGUCCGAUGCUUUUGAGUAUGGCUAAUGCUGGUCCUAAUACUAAUGGAUCUCAAUUCUUUAUUACUACUGUUGUUACUCCUUGGUUAGAUAACAAACACGUUGUUUUUGGCCGGGUAGUUAAGGGUGAGGAAGUAGUACGUAAAAUUGAGUCGGCUAAGACCAGGCCAGGAGAUAGUCCUAUUAAUGAGAUUAUGAUUAAAAAGUGCGGACAACUUGAUGAAUAA